GGGAGAAAAGGAGGGGACUGAAGCCGGCACCACCUGUCAUUGUCUGUUGUGCUCACCUGGUGAUCCGAAAUUCAGUCCAGAGAUUUGAUUAAAUCUGGAGAACAGCAGCUCUCCAGAGUUUUGUAGCGCAGUCAUUUCGGGUUUCGCUUGAACCCUUUUCGGUCCUAAGAAGGAUUUACCGCGCUAAAAAGAGCAGACUGGAGGGGAGCUGCCUUUGGCAUACGUCCGCUCCUCCUGAGCCUUGUCCUGUACCAUGAGCUCUGGCUCUGCCCAGGAUGUGGCAGUCGAGCAUUUCUUGCGUGACAUAGAGAGGCGAGGCAAGCGGCUGCACUGCGCUGUGAUAGGCUGCGAGGAGGAGAGAUCCUACAGCGACAUGAACCUGCUGUAUCGUAAGAGCCGCCUGGACUGGAGGCAGAGAGAGCAAGAGGGAAGUAUGAAGAGUUCCACCCAGAACGACCCGUCGGCUACUGUGGGAAAGGUUCGGGACCUGGCUUCAUUCCGACGACACUUCCGGAUGGGCUUCAUGACCAUGCCGGCCUCCCAGGACCUGUCCCCUCACACCUGUGCCUCAGCCAUGGCGCCCCGCUCGCAGUCUUGCCACGCUGUUGGAGCGGGGGAUACAAGCCUAGAGAACGGAGAUUAUUCUGACACUCAGUCACAGCACGGUGGCCGCUGCCCCCCGGCCAAACCCAAGCGCCAUCCGAGUACCCGCCUCAGCUCCUCGUCUGCUGACAGCAGAGGACUUCCUGAGACCCCACCUCCCUCCUCGAGCUCCCACUCACAGGCCAAACACUCAGAGAAGAAAAAUUCCAUGAAGAAGUCCGACUCGGGGGAGAUUGGAGCAAAGAAGGUGCCUCCUUUGAAGCCCAAAAGAAGUCCUAGUACACAGCUCACCUUUGACCAUCUUCCUCCACGUGUGCCUCCUUCUGCCACCCCCUUGCCCUUCCAGGCAGCAGAUUCUCAGAUUCAGGCUGGCGAUGGGGAGGACGAGCCAGUCUAUAUAGAAAUGGUGGGCCAAGUGUUCACUAGAGACAGCCAGACGGCCACGCCCCACCCUGUCACCCCCGUGGCCACCACGCCCGACUCUGACUCAGACCAGAGUGAGGCGAUCUACGAGGAGAUGAAAUACCCACAUCAGGAGGACAGAGAGUCCCAGAGGCAUCUCCCUCCAAAGCACGAGAAGCUGAAAGCCUCAAAGCACUACCACAUCACCACUUCCUCCUCCAGCAGUUCUUCUUCUCUCCCUCGCCCUUCAUCUUCAUCCCCGUCCUAUAACAAACCCAAAGCUACAGUGUCCGUAUCCCAUUCUUCUCCACUGCCUUCCUCUGCAUCCUCCACUCCUGUACCCCAGGUCCUGUCCACCAGUCCCCACACACCACGAGCUCCAACUCCCUAUCUGUUGCAAGGUGGCAAAUCUGAGUCAGAGUCCAACACAAAGAUCCCGGCCCCAUUCCCCAAUCUCCUGCAGCACAGGCCCCCACUGCUUGCCUUUCCUCAGCCAGCAGCUGCCUCCAGCGGGGUUGGAGUUCAAAACAAGACAUCCGCCUCUGCUAAAACUCAAACAUCCAGCGCAACAACUCAAGCCAGUACCUCCUCCUCGGCUUCUUCUAAUGUUCCCACCUCCCUGUCAGGGUCCAAGGAAUCAUCAGGAGGCGCGUCACAGCAGGACAAAUACAGCCGAGACUCCCAGUUAGGCCCUGCUCCCGGAUUGAGAGCCAGGAGUCACUCCACUCCACUACCUCCCUCUUCCAAAUCUACUUCCCCAUUCUCCCAUCAUCACCACCAUCCUCACCAUCGUCCCUCACACUAUCAUCACUACCGCAAGCCAGACAGGGGAGACUCCCCUGCUCCAACCAAGAGCAGCUCUCAGACGUCCAACCAGGCAACAGUCCAGACACAAACCUCAAGUACGGGCAAGGAGGGCAAGUCUGUGAGCUUCCUACUGAAGUCUGACAAAGGAGAGAGGGAUAAAGACCGAGACAGGGGUAGAGACAGGGACAAGGAGCGAGACAGAGACAAGGAUCGAGAUAGGGAGAAGGACAGAGAUCGUGACCGAGAAAGGGACAGGGAUAGAGAUAGGGAUAGGGAUAGAGAUAGGGAUAGGGAUAGGGAUCGGGAUAGAGACAGAGACAGAGACAGAGACAGAGAUAGAGAUAGAGAUAGGGACGGAGGGCCACACUCAUUACCAAUAGAAAGCACUACCACCACUAGCAGCCAAACAUCUCAAAGCAGCACCAGCUCCACUCCCACGCCUUUAUCCUCUUCCCAGCGUCCUCAUUCUCGCCCACACCUCCGCUCUCACACGCCCCACGGCCUGCCAGCAUACAAGCCUCCCUCCUCAGACAGCCCGUUGCUGUGGACCUACCCGUCUGGGGGCUUCCGGAGGCCGCCGGCAUAUGAGAGCUUGAGAGCCAGCUCUCAGACACCAUCUCUGCAACAGCCUUCAAGUCUUACCGGUGUGGGCGAAGGGGUGUCCAAGAGCAACAGUGGGUCCUCUUCGCACUCAAAAGUUGGCUUCAUGCCCUGGGACAGCAGCGCCAGUUUAACUACAGAUGAAGGGUCUUAUUGGCCCAUGCAUAGGAAACUGUCCUUUAGCCAUGGGAGCAGAGAGGCAGAGAAGGAUGACGUGCGGGCCUGGAAUGGCAGUACUGAUGCUCUGUUAAGGAUGGACAAGGAGGAUGUCGGUAUGGGCUCCCGAGGAGGCCAGUCGGGCAUCCCAGUCCACUUUAGUGGUGCCACAAGCAGAGCUCUGGGUCACAGCGAGUCUUUGGCAGGUGUGGACAGCAGCUCAGGAUUCAGAGCACUGCCCAGAGGAGGACUCCCUCUUCCCUGCCAGACUUUUCCUGCCUGUCGUAAUGGAGAAGUGGGGCGGCUGGGCCGCUCCUCCUCUGCUGCUGGUGUCAGACAGGUGGGUGGAGGAGACGUCCACAGACAGAGCAGUCUACCAGUACGAGAAGCCCUGAAUCAGCUACACGGCGUGGCCCCUGCACAAGCUCCAUGCAGCCCCAGCGGCCCCAGUGUGUCCCGGCAGCAGCAGCAGCUUCAGCUCCACCAGCAGCAGCUGCAGCUCAAGCAGCAACUCCAGCAGCUUCAGCAACAGCACCACCUACAGUUGCAGUUCCAGCAGCUCGCACAGUUGGCACAAGGACAGCCUCCCGCUGGCGGGAGCACCACGCCGUCCACGUCGCAGACGCAGAGGGACGGCAAGCUGCUUGAGGUGAUCGAGCGUAAGCGCUGCCUGUGCAAGGAGAUCAAGGCGCACAGGCGGCCCGACAAAAGCCUGUGCAAGCAGGACAGCAUGCCCAUCCUCCCUAGCUGGAGACGGACACCUGAGCCUCGUAAGACUGGGACGCCACCCUGUCAGAGGCCGCAGGCCGUCGUGUGGGACACGGCCAUCUGACCCCAGGCGAAGUGGAUCGUUCAAAUGGUCCGGUGAACGAAAUUACGUAAGAAAAGACAGAUUGCAGAUGAAAUACAAACUUGACUAUUAUUGUGUUACAGACUGAUCUCCACACUUGGUCAGUGGAGACAUAGAACUUGAACAAUGAAAAGAGGUGAAGAAAUGUAGUUACUACAAUCAGACUAAAUUAAUUUCUUACCCAGCUGAUUUGUAUUUUCUCUGUACUACUUAAUGCACUGAUGUGUUCUGAUUGCCAACAAGUUUUUUUUUUUUUUUUUUUUUUUUUUGCCACAAAAACACCAGAAUUAUUGCCAAUACAGAGUGGAACGUUUUCCUAGACUGGUGUUGCCAAAUAUCCUCCUGACUACUUGAGACACAAGGGAAUCAUGUACUUUCUCCAACAAAAGCAUCGAAACUACUCUGCGGACGUCAAAGUGUUUCUUGAAAAUCGUGAAUGUAUAUGAGAUGUUUUGGUAUCAAUAGAUUGUCAUUGUGGAUGCAAGUAAUCAUCACCGAGAAGUAAAAGCUACCUACCUGUAUCCGUUUGCAUAUUUAUAAUGUAGAUCUAUUUACUUUCUCAACCUUUUUGCAAUUUUACAGCAAUACGUUCUGGAAAAAAAAAUAUAUAAAAAAGCUCGAGCAACAUAUAGAAAAAAAAAAAAACUUGUGUCAGCUAGCUUAACAUACAUAUCUCAGACUCGAAGAAGUCAUAUUAACUGUGUCAUACUCUGCCUGUCACCAGUAGGCAUGCAGUGCUGUUAGUGUAAGACAAAAAAAAGAAGAAAAAAGAAAGUAAAACGUGACCCUUUUUUCGACAGAUCUUCACUAUGGUCCUGUGUGGUUGUAGGAAAAAGAUGAAUCUACUGCUUAAGAGAGGUGUGUGGGAGUUAGUCCAGCCGAAUAUACUCAGAAACAAAUCAGAGGUACAAAAAAAAAAAAAAAAAAAAAUUCCCUGGCCAUCGCUCAUGCUUUUCAUGCAGUUGCACAUUAGCGUUCGCCCCACCGAGCAUUGACACCCAUCAGCUCAAAGACUGUGCAAUACGGUGCAACUGAUGAGACUGUGAGCAUCGAUCACCUCAAACUGAAUGCUGGAACAAUCUGCACAAAGCAUCGCUUAGAGGAGAAAUUUAAAACCCCAGUGUGUUGUAAAUAGACAUGUACAAGUGUGUUGAAAAUGUAGCAAUUAUCUCCAUUUUCAUACUUGUAAUCAAUACAUAUUAUGUAGCAUAGACUGUAUAAACAUGACUUUGUUCAAUUGUCUUGUUUUCUUUUUUUCUAAGAGAAUUAAGUACCUGCUGAAGACAGCCCAUGCAUUACUUAUUGUUCGACUUAUAAACAAUGAGCCCUCUAAAAAACAACAAAAAAAACAAAACAAAAAAAACAAAACAAAACCCGGAGACAGUUGUUUAUAUAAUUUUAUGCAAGGUUCCCUUUAAGCUCUGUUAUUUAUUCAACCCCCUUUUUCUACAUUCACUUUUAUUUCUGUACAGAUUUCAACAGCUUUUUGGUCUUAACAUUUUUAAUACUUUGCUGCUAUUUUAAUACCCGUGUUGUUCAUUGGACCACAUAGUGUUGCCAUGAUAAACUUUAUUAAUAUGA